AUGUCUCCCCAGGCUAACCCCGAAGCGAACGACCGCAUCCCGGCAACGGAGAACUACGCUCCCCGGAUCGAGGAGUGGGUCAAAGCCCACCCGGACGCCCCUCUCCAGCUGACCUGCACCAUCUGCCAGGUCUCGGACCUGCUCGUGUGGGGCGUCCACGACGAGAUCCUCGCCGAGUUCGAGCCGAGAGCAGACGAUGAGGAGACGGGCGCGCCGGAGCCGGCGAAGCGGCUGCGCUGCGGCCACGUGUUCGGCAUGCGGUGCUACGCCCGCUGGGUCCGCGGCGAGCUGUUCGCCCGCCCGGACGACGAGGUCGGCCCGCGCUGCCCGGCCUGCCGCGAGACCAUCUUCGCCACGCCAGAGGAGGUCAGCCAGAAGCGGGCCGAGCUGAACGAGAUUCAUGUUGCGUACCAGCAUCUGCCGGAGGAACUUCAGGAUGCGGUGUUGGUGGAGCAGGUGCUGAAUGAAGUGGACAUCUUGGAGGCGGCACUCCAGGAAAUGGAAGCGUUGGAGGCGGCAGCGCAGGAUGCAGAACUGCAGGACGCGUUGUUGGGGGAUGUGGAGGGCGCGGCGCAGUCGGGGGAAGACGCGGAUGAUGAGAUGGUGACGGACAACGAGGAGGAGGAGGAGGAGGAGGAGGAGGAGGAGGAGGAGGAGGACUGA